AUGCCGGAAUGGAGCAGACUGGGUACCACUCCUGCAACCAACAACAAAUUCGUGUCAGCUAAAGUCUACAACUACAUAAGGGAAUCAAAGCCUUUGGUUCCGUGGCAUCUUGUGGUUUGGCUGAAAAAAGGAAUUCCAAAGUGUAAGACACUUACUUGGAUGUUUGUACUCAACAGGUGCCCCACUCGUGAUAGGUUACUGUCUUGGGGAUUGCAGACGGAUCCUCUCUGUCUUCUAUGUAACCUACUUCCAGAGAGCAGAAAUCACAUUUAUUUCUGUUGCUCCUUCUCCUCUGAAAUUUGGAGAAACCUUGCUGCAAAACUUCAAUUUGCCAUUAUCUCAGACGAUUGGGAUGAUACUUUGCAAGGUCUGAUCCGUUACACUGGUGAUAACCGGUUGCGCUUUCUCACAAUCCUAUCCUGGCAAACGCUGAUUCAUGAAUUAUGGCGUGAGCGCAACAAUAGGAUCCACCGAUCUCACUUCAAGUCGCAGGAAGCUUUAUUCUCAACCAUCUCCUCCACCAUCAAAAACCGUAUCUCAUCGCUCCGUGAAACUGACCCAAUGGAAUCGAGUGCCUGCAUGCAACUCUGGUUCUCUCUACCGUGA